AGUAGAAUGGGAAAAUAACAAAACCCUUGGGACAAAAACACUGGCAUUAGAAGUUAUCACGCAUCGCUGUUAUAUUUUACACUGAAUUCAAAUUUCAUGCAGUGCGUUUUGGAAGCCAUAAGGGUUGUUUGGAGCUCGGUUCUUGCUGCAAAUCUAAUGACCUAAAACGAUAUUGAACAUGUCAGAAGCGAGUAAAUCGACUACGGUAUCGAUUAAGAAAGACUGGUGGAUUCAGUUCCAAAAUGCGUCUCGGCUUUUUGAUUUGGAACGGCAGAGACGCGCGAACCGUUGUGCGGAGGAAGGUCAGUGUAUAUGAGCAGAGCAUGUUUAUUUUUCUUUCAUCUAAUGUAUAGCUUUCAGAUUUUGACUUACAACGACAGGAAACCAUGCUAAUGUUUCUUAGUCGUUAUCUUAUGUUUCGUGAAUUCGUUAGAUAGGGCUGUACUACUAUUUUCAAAUAAAACCAAUUGUAUAGUUGAGAACUAUAUUGCGCAUAUUUAGAUUCAAUUUUCUAAUCAUGUACGUUAUAUCGUUCGCUCUGUAGUCAUAAGCUAUAUAUUUCACUGUUUGUCUUCAUCUAUGACCUUUAUUCCAAAAAUAUACCAUAUGAACCACGCGUUAUACCGCACUAGGUCUUGAACAAAUGUAAUACCAUUUAAACUUGUGUUUUGCAGAGGAGAUGUUUCGCGAGAUGGAUAAACUUAACACCAGUAUCUCAGCUUUGUGGUUCAGAUCAGCUGUCCUUGUUUCAUACCUAUCAACAGUGACCACUUUGGCCUUAGGAGGCGUAUACUUCGGUGCGUAAUUUUUUUUUUAUCAUAACUAUUUCUUUAGUUUUUUUUUUUUAAUUCUGGUACAUUCUUGCAUGCAUGUAGUUGACCGUUUUACUAAGCCAAAGUGCAAAGCAACAACCUGCGUCUGUAUAUAUCGUAGGAGAAAGGUUUCCUCAUUUAUUUUAUCAUCUACGAUUUAUGUUGUGAUCCAUGCAUCGAAGAAAAAUAAAAAUUGAAAAUUUGACAAAAUGUAACAUGUUAUUCAAAAUGGUGUUUUUCGUUUUCUUUCAACUGAAAAAAUAUGUGGGUUCUUAGUUUUUCUAACUUAGUGUUCUUAAACUAUUUUCCUUACAAUGGGUCUACUUCAUAAAUUAUUAACGUCACUAAAAAAAAUCACAUUUGCCAGCAGGCAGCUGCCAGUAGAUAUAUCAACUUAGGCUUCAAAGUCAAAACCCAUUAGUGUAAUGAGUUGGAAAAAUUAAAAUCAAAUAUAAAGGAAAUUUUCAUUGAUUAACAAAUUAAAGAUAUGGGAAAAGUUUUCAGAUAUUUCAGUGUUCAAUAAUUAGGACAACAGGGACCUUAAGCAACGACCACGACGACGACAACAGCAACGUCAAAAAACAAUUGUUUUUAUGUGCAAAACAACUGCUCUUUUGCUCACGCUUUUUAGUACAUUUCUUUGACGUCCGCUGCACGACUACGACGUGAAGCCUCCCAAUGCGACGUUUCAUGGAGGACGUGGACAUAUGAAGACAAAUUUUCCUUUCUCUAUUUGAGCAUUGAUAAAGUCCUUAACAUUUCAACUCCAGGAAAAGUCGCCUACAUUUGUCGAAUUGAGCGGUUCCAAAUAGACGCGUUAAAGAUUGAAAGGACGCAAACUCAUUUUUUAGUGAUGUUUUCACUGCCGUCGUCGUCGUCGUCGAUGCUUAAGGUCCCUAUUUGCACGAUGACGUCAUACUACGACCAGCAGAAUUUUUCAGUUUGUUGUUUUUUUGUGCAGUCUGGGGCAAUUUUUCUAAACCUCAGCCAAGGUUGAAAAGAUCUGUUUACCGUACUAGCGCCUAGAACGAAAACAAAGACGACCGGAAUUGAGUUGACUCACACAUGCAUUAUUCCGCCUGCUUCGGCACUUGUCUUCGUCGUGCAAGAAAAAUGUCGUUCUCGCUAGAACGUAAUACGAAAGCAAAACGAAAUGAACUCGGGUAGUUGCACUGUGUAGCCAAAUGUCGUCUGCGUGAAAACACAGGCGUCCCGAACUCAAGUCCAUCCUCGGAGACUCAGGGACAGCCAGGCGGGUCGGGAGAAAGGGCGCGACGAAGGUUUUCAAGUACGGGCGAAAGAGCCCCUGGGUACCGACUCUCACCGAGCUAUUUCCAAAAAUUCAAGCGGAUGCCGGCUCCUGAUUGGGUACAAAAAAUGCUUUGUAUUUUUGUGCCCAAUCGGCGAACAGUUUCUCCUAAGUUCUUUUCCUGAGUUCGUACACGACGGCUAUUGUCUCGAUCACGGCUUGUCUGGCUCGUGCACCAAAGAAAUGCAAGCAGUCAGGAAACUUUCAGUUUGAUAUAAAAUCCCCAUAAAAUACCGCGAGAGCGAAAAACUGGGAUACUGAAGAAGGUGUAUGACUGUAUUAAGGCACUGACAAAAAGAUAUCAUUGAAUACAAACACCAUAGGGUUUUUUCCACAAACUUGAGAGUUAUACUUGGAAUCUGAGUUCAUGUUUAAUUCCAUCUUCUCAUUUUGGAUGAUGGUGAGACAGGCUAGGCUUAAAGGUUAUUCUUGAGCAAUUAUAAAAAAGAACAGACUUGAAGCUCCGUAAAAAGUUGUCAUCUUGCUGUUUACAGUUUAUUGAUAUGUUUAUUAUAAUACAAGUAAAAGAAAGGAUCAAGGUCCGGUUCAAACGUCGCAUUUUACAUGUACCGAAUCUAUUAGCAUUAAAUGCGGUAUAGGUGAAACGCGACGUUUGAACCAGGUCUGUAUUCUGUAUUCUAUUUUCUCCAGUUUAUAGUACAUUAUUACAUCAAUUAAUAGUAAUUUUAUAAAUUGAAUAUGUUCCUAAAUUGGAGAGGGACACACCUGGAAUAAUUAAUGUUGUGCCCCGCAGUUGUUAUUACGAUAACGGAAAAAAUAAAUACGUAGUUCCAUCACUUAAAGGAAGAAGAUUACCUAGAAUAAAAUUAAUGUAGUAUAAAUAAAAUUUGAAAGAAAGCAGAAUAGAUAUAAUUAAGUACAAUUUAUAAAAUUAUAUGAGCAUUACUACUGAGCAGCAUAAAAACGUUUCAGUGUUCUUUUGACCGGGUCUAAUUAUAUAAAGCAAACUUUUUUUCUAAUUUCGAAUACGUACAUUGUAAAUGUCGUAAAAAAAAUAAACUGAGAAAAGACAGACAAGAAAAAUGAAGCUGAAGACAUUAUUCGAGGCGUUUCGAACACUGUUAUCAAGAAUGAAAACCGUAAUUAAGUGUCUUGAUAAUGAUGUUCGAAACGUCGAAUAACUUUCCUCAGUUUAAUUUUACAUUUUAAAGGCUUAAAAGACUAAGCAUCCGAUCUCUUAAAAGACAGAAUGGUUUUUUUGAGUAUUGAAACUAUUCUUUUCCCUUAAUUUAGUACUGUCGACCGUAAAUGGAGUUCCAUCAGCGUGCAGACUUGCGGUAAGAUCAGUUUUUGUCUCAAGAAUGCUUCUAUGUUCAAGUAGCUUGCUUAAUAGUAUAUUCAAAGGCGAACCCGGCGGUAAAAGCUUUUAAUUUUGUAGCGCUGGUACAGCAGACAUAUCUAUAAUGGUUGACGUCAUCUGCGUUUUUAAUGGGAACAAAAAUAGGUUAUACGUGAAACUUUAAAAUUGCCCCUGGGAACAGUUUUGAUUAACGUAAUGGGUUCUUUUAAGGUACUUUAUCACAGCUUGCUUUUCGUAGUUUUUCCUUUUUAUUUUGCGGUUUGGCGAAGACUUGAUUUAUGCUUACAAGCUCUUCAGUUUCGUCAAGUUUUAAAAAGAGCAGGGUCUGAUCGAGCGUAUUUUGAACUUUAUCUCUUUAUGCUUUAAAAUUCAAAUUUAUGGUAAAUUUGUAAACAUUUCUUGUGCUUGAGUCAAUGUAUGUCAUUAUAAAACAAUUUGAUUCUCUCUCUCUUUUUUGUUUGUUUGUGCUGUAUCGACCUCUUUCCCCUAGUCAAGGCUCAAAAUAACGGACAGCAGGUCGCCGGUCAUGAUGACCGGCCAAAUAUUUUUUAGCCCGGACAAACCCCGAUUUUGGCCGGUCAAAUUAGUGAAUAUUAAGAUUAUUUUUUUGCCCAUGGAAUAUCGAAUUACGCUGGCAGUAGAUCGCUGUACGGCAUUGUCGUUCAGGUUUUUGCCGGCAAGUUGGUGAAAAAUUCAUUCACACGUUGUUGAGUUCCUUUCCGCGAUUUUCGCCCGUUUUAUGUCCGUUUAUAUAUACCUUCAGUAUCAUCGUACGGCGAUGUCAGAAGUCUCCAAGGUUCGUGCUAUAUCUGCAUAUCGGUGAAACUUGAUCCUUUUCGUUGCCCGGCACGUGAUCGAAAGUCUCCUCUACAAAGAAGAAUUUCGUCGCUAAAUAUUUGCGGCAAAGAAGUUGAUUUGGCGAGAAAUUUGUUCCACAAACAGCGUAUUCGUCAUCAGAAGUCAAUAAAUAUACAGCAGAGCUUUCGUUUGGGUCGUCGCGCAACACUUAAUCGCGAACGGCUUAUCAAGAAGGAGGAUUUUAAGCGCCGAGAUAGGCGACGUUCGUUCUCUAUUAGCUUAGUUUUUAUCAGACAAUUCUGGAAUCGAGUCUGCAAACGAGAUCAUGUUGGACAUAAAGAAAUUAUUAUAAUUAAUCGAUGCGCUGAAAUUUAUUCCCAGAGAAACAGUACAGGACGAGCGAUCGAUUGGUCCGAAUUCCGUCGAAGGUGAUUUUCAUAAUCCUCUUACAAGUAGAUGUGAAACGUUUCAUGGACAAAAACUCUCACUCAUCCUUUAGUUUUCUAAAAAAUAACGGAUUAUUGUUAGCGUAUGUUUUCCCAAAGAAGGUCACAUUACUGAUCAUAGCAAAGCAGAACGUUUUUCUUUAAAGGGUUUAGUGCAAAGCAGCAAAAAAAGACAAAGAAAGCAGCGAAUUACAGCGUUAUAGAGCAAAACGCAUUAAGCGACAAGCAUCCAAAAAUGACCGGUCAAAAUGACCGGUCAGACGAGAGUUUGACCGGUCAAGCCCACGAUCAGACCGGACAUUGUCCGUUGACCGGCCGUUAUUUUGAGCCCUGCUAGUCCAUUUCCACUCUUGUCGAUUCGCUCGUUUGAUUUCUUAUUUCCUUUCAGAUCUGCUAAUCUGUCUUUUCUUUUAAGAGGAGGUAGCGUGGCCCAGUGGUUAGAGCGCUGGAUUUGCAAUUCGGGUGCCCCGAGUUUAAGUCCCGGAUUUGUCGUCGGUAGUCCCUAGUUCGAAUCCUCGGCCGCGCGUGUAAAAUAGCCCGCUGCUUUGCCUCCUACCGUUCGGAUUCUUAACCCUGCUCGGCCCUACUAGCAUUAGUGCUAUAAAUAAUGCCGAGGGUAAAGAACAAAAUUCUUUAUUUGUAUAUUUAUAUUUUAUUUAUAGCAUGUAUUUAUUCCCUUUUGUAUUUGUUACAGCUCACAGCUAUUUUAGACGCGUGCUCCUCAGCGGUGGUAGUCUGGCGCUUCAGGGGCAGAGAAGGCAUUACAUACUCUUAUGAAAGGGAGAGGAAGUAAGCUUCAUUCCUCUAAUGUUUUUUUUAACCAUUUUCAGACCGGUCUUUUUCGUUUUGUUCUCGUUUUUGGGUGGCACUAUGUCAACGCCCGUGUUUGUAUGUUCGUAGGUCCAUUGCUAUUAGGGUCUUUACGAAACUACGAUGGCGACGGCAACGGGAACUUCAAAAAAUAAAUAGGUUUAAUCAGCAAAACAACAACUCUGCACGUGCAUCAUGCUUUUUUGUCAAUUUCUUUGCCGUUCUUGCACGACUAUGACAGUGACAUGGUCAAAUUUUAAGUUUACCUGAGAACGGCAAGGCGAUAAAUUCUAUCAUCUCUGUUUGAACUCGGGCGCGGGUCCCCUCUCUUCAGUUCCAGAAAUUCCUUUCUUUUCUUUUUAAUAUGGCGGUUUGGGAUAAUUUCUUAACAGUUUCAAAGGAUAAGAAGCCUAUUUUUCUGCGACGUUUUCAUGGACGUCGCCGUUGUCGGGUCGUAAGGUCCCUAUUGUUCUCGUAGCGCACGGCGAUAAAGCGUAACCUUCGGAGUAAAGAUACCGGGUUCGAUGCCUGCUAUCGCCCUUUUUCUUUUUCGACGAAUUUUAAUAGACUCUCUUUUUACGGCUUGAUUGACACAAUGACGUAAAGUGAGGUCAUUAUUAGUAACAUUAUUGGCAGUUCCACGAUGACUUUAAAGUGUUCCCAGAUAACCAGGAAGUCGCUAGGCCUGGUCAGGAGCCGAUUACUUAAGUAAUCGGCUCCUGGCCUGGUGGUCAUAGCUUAAACGGUUAUUUAACUGUUAAGCGAUGGGGGGCCUCAAAAGCCUCCCCCGGCCUUCUGAACAGGGUUAAGCUUCAAAGUCCUAAAAUAAAAGCGUUUUAAUCACCAUUUUUAUGUUUGUGUUGCAGAGCUUGUAUCGCAAUCGGCCUUUGUUUUGUCCUCUCUGGCCUUAUUGUUCUGUCCAUAGCAGUCUAUAUGCUGAGCAUAGACCAUGAGCCAAUUCGGGUAGGAGAAACUUAGCCAGCGUAGCAGGCGCUAGGAAAUAAUGAGAGCAAGAGUUGCGCCCAUUAUUUUCUAGCAAGGAUAGAAAGAUAGAAGUCUUUGUUAAGACGUCAGUCACAACAUACGUGUGGUUUUACAAUCAAUAACGAACUAAGCUAAGAUAAAAAACCUUUCGUAUGUAUUACGAAAUUAAAAAUAAGUUGAAAGAUAUUAAGAAAUAAAUUUUAAAAGACAUCUAUUGACAAAAGCUCGUUUCAAUCGUUCCGUUAUUACUGACUCCGUAGGGAGUAUGAAGUCAUGACCCCUUUCUCUAAGAACCCUAUUACGUUUGGGUGGAAACAAGUCAUACAAUACAUGACCAGUGUCACGUGUGAUUCUGCUGAAAAGAUCACUGUCGAUAAAAUAAUCUUAGUUCAGAAAUCAAAAUGAUCUUAUUUGUGUAGCCAAAACGAGAGGCUCACCUUUGUCACUGAUACGAUCUAAAUAUAACAUUUAUAACAUAUAGGAGAAACUAUCUACUUUAUUACUUCUGUUCACAAAACGUUAAGCCGGUUCCUGCGAGAGAAAUGUUCCUCUCUACACACCUAUCUCUCUUCAAUGGCUAUAACUAGAUACGAAAUUAAAGAAGCCGCGCGAAUCUUUUUUUAUUGAAUAUGGAUGGCAAAAAUAUUAGAUCAGUUGGUAGCCUAACAAAUACUAUUGAGUUUCUGGCGAGAGGGCUGUUAACUUGCAAUUCCCCCAAGUUUGACUAUAAGGUGAUCUGGGCAGGCCUAGAUCAGUCGGUAGAGCGCUGCCGGACUACAGAGAGUGAAAGAUAUCGCGGUUUUCCGAAGCAGGAUCUUAACAAUGAAUAACCGAGAAAUGAAACAACUGCCGUUUACCCAGAAAAAUGAUUAAACUUUCCCGAGGACGACGAAUGACGACGUGGAAAUGGCAGUAGGGUCUCCAUACCAUAGUAUCGUGAAAAUGUUUUUAUUAUUUUUUUACCCUAACUGUUCUAACUCUUUUUCAGAACACACCGUUGUUAAUCACUACGUUUGCAAUUUUCGGUCUGAUGGUGUCAUUAGCUUGGUUCAAAUACCACAUCGCCUACAAAGUAGACAGCAAAGCCCUAAGAACAGACGGUAAGUCAUAGUCCGUUACGGUACUCCCUUCAGUUGCACUGAGUGGGGUGGGGUGGGGGGGCUUGUCUUCUCUCUUCAGGGCAUUAAUUGCAGAUUUUAUCACUGCUUAUUCGUUGACUUUGCCUCAUAUAAGGGAAUACGGAUUCUGGAAUCCAAGAAAUUUUUGCCUGUGGAAUCCAGAAUCCAGGAAAAUUUGCUUGUGCAAUCCGGAAUCCUGGGCUUUGGAACCUGGAAUACAGCCCAAGGAAUCCGGACUGAUUCACACUAAGGAUUGCAAUCCGGAAUCCACGGUGUGGAAUCCAGAAUCCAAGACUGUCUUUCAAUCCCUUGCAUAUGGCGAUUAACUGUCUUCCUUACUCUUCCCUGCCCUCUCACAGUGUCAGCCUCACCAGUCCCUUAACCCUUAACCCUAUUCAUUUCCUACAGAAGUAGUGGGGAGAAGUUGAUCAAAUAUCAAGCAAAUUCAUCAUGUGUAAUCACGACCACUCUGUUUUACAAAGCAUUGAUAUUACAAGGAGAAAUUUGAUACUGAUCACUCUUAAGGCUUAAAGGGUUAACUUGCUUGCCCUUUUCUUUCCUCACACCGUACGUUACCGAUAACCUGACUAGAGGUAAAAUAAACAACUAACAACUGCAUUUUCCUUUGUAUUUAUUUGCUGCAAAAGUACUGGGAAAAACGCAGAACAUGGUAUUUCCGAGCCCCUAAUUUUAAAAAAUUUUAUGGUAGAGCAUGCUUCCAGACCUCCUAGAUUGGAGCACCUUUCGCGUUCCAACUUUUCUUCUCGUGCUUACACCUUCAAAAUCUCACCCUGCGCCCCUGAGGACUCACGCUAAACUCUAGCUCUAUUUUGUUUAUCCGGGACCGUGUAUCAACGUAACUAUUUAUUAUUUCUUCCAACAGCUUUUAACUCGACAGCAGAGGCCGUGAUGGCUUUUGUAAUGGCCAUGAGUAAUCUCAUCUACGACGAGAAUCCUAACGUCUGGUUUUUAGAUGCUUGUGCUUCUAUCCUUAUUGGUUUUGUUCUAUUUAUUUAUGGCGUCAGGUAG